AUGUCGUUCUCCGAUGAUAUCAAGGUCGAGAUGAUCUUGCAGCUUGCGAGGGCUUUACUAAGCCCACCUCUCCAGAGCAUGUCUCAAGAAAUCGCUCCGGCCAACGCCAUCCCUGAGCCAAGUCCUCCCGGUACUGUGACGAGCCACCCAUUCCGAAAGCAUGGGUGGUCCAAGGGCUGGUACGCGGAUGGCUUCCACACGCACCUCAAUGUUAAAGAAGAGGUACUUUCUCAUAUUCAAGACCGUGACGCGGAUCUGAAAAAGAAAGGUGCCAAGUUCUCUACCUUCACCACCGAAGGCGACUAUGGACGGAUCCGGGUUCACGCCCAACAAUUUCCUGGCCUAGACAACCCAAAUGCCGACAGCACCAGGGUCAGGAUUCUUGUGGAGCGUAUGUCUGAUGAUGAGCGUCAAAUGAAGGAAAUUGAUCUUCAAGACCUGCCUGCCUACGAAACUGAUGGCUAG